AUGCAAGUGUCUGUUUCAAACCUCAUUACUCAGUUUACUGAGGAUGUGUUCACAAAAGAAGACAGGAUCUGCCAGCAGUCUUGGUGCCAAGCUCUGAUACACAAGGGCGAGCCUUUCCUCUAUGUUGCCACCUAUGAUCCUGCUCAGCCCGGUAAAUUCGUCUGUGAAGCAUGUCAUAGGUGGUACAAGAACAAACCCGCCACCAUAGCUCAGGCACAAAACACCAAUGGUAUCAUUACCCAAUCCACAGUACAUACAUCAGUCCAUAAGUGCUGCACAGUCAUGAGCUUCGGUCAACCCCCCGCCAUCAUGGCCAUGUCAAAUGCUGCUCCAAACCUUGGCAACUUGGCAAUGCUGAUUCCUCCACUGCCAAUGCCAACUGCUCAUCACAACUCCAAGUUUUCCCCUGCUGGUCCAAGUGUCCAAGUGCCAUCCACUUGGCAGAACAUCCCUCAGCCAGCAAACUCUCCAGCAAAUGCUGCAUUGGGCCACAUGAUCACACUGCCACCUGGCUCCACUGGUUAUAGUGCACAGCAUGUGCAUUAUGCAGCUCAACAUGAAUGUUGGGCACACAUGGCUCACAAUCUGCCUCCUGCAGAGACAAUCUCCUUAGAAAUAUGGGCAGUCUUCGAAGCUGGGGGCAAAAAGAAGAAUCUGCGAGCAAACAACAUCGGGAGUAUCUGUGAGGGGCUGAAAGACAUUGACAUGCUGAGCACUGUGCAUGAACUUUUGGCCAUAGCACUUGGCAUUUUGGUACUGCACAUCAAAGAUUACUGCCCACAGUUUCCCUGCAAUUGGAAAGGAUCAAAAGUGAAGGUUUUUAAACCAAAACAGUUCAUGUUAUUCAUCAUUGUACCUGUGAAUCAAUGGGAAGAAUUUGAAGAAUUUCAAGAGAAGCUCCACUCUAGCCCACCUGCCCACAAACAGCAGACAUCUUGGGCUGGCUUGAGCACUUCUCUCCCUGGUUCUACAGUCUCAAUGCUGGUUGUACCUCGGAGCACGAUGAUUUCUGAGCCAUCCACUCUUUUUUUCUCCAAGGGAGUGGUUUCUACGACGUCAAGUAGCAUGUUUGAUCACCCAAUCUUGCACGAUGUGGCACAUCUUUGGGAUGGAGAAAAGGAUAUGGUGCUGCCCACUAAUUCAAGUGUGAUGUCUGGUAAAUGCCACCACCGUCAUACUAGUAGUUCAUCCAGUGGUUCUACUCCCCUUCUGCCCCAGAAGAGAUCUGCAAAAACUUUCUUGUCCCCCAACUGCAAUCAAAUCAAGAAAGCAUUACAGUCUGGGGGGGCCUCCGAAUUCAAUGUAAAGACAGUCUUCUGGCAGAAAGUCAUACAAGUGGACUUUUACCCCAUCCAGACCCAUGAUCUUAAUGAUCUGGUCAGCGAGAAGGCUGCAUUCAAUAUUAGAAAUGCUGACCUUUGCUCUGGGAAAAUCCGGCUCAAUGCCUCUGCUGAUUCGAUCAUUGGAGUUGGAGCAUUCAAGAUGGCCCAAAUUGCACAACUCAACCUAUCACCUCUCAGGGACAUGGGUAUUGGGUCAUCUCCCAACAAUCACAUCGUCCUCAAAAGACCAUAUAUUGAUGACCAUCCUGUGGAAGUCAAACCCCCAUUCACACAUUAUGCCCUACAAGACAAGUCCAACAUACUCUACCGCAAAGCUAACACUUUGUACUGGGCCAAAGCACUCUUGCAGAUGAUGUACCAAUUCAUUGAUCAUGCUGUUGAAGAUACCAAGGUACCACCACCUUUCGAAAUUCCUCACCUGCACUUUGUGGAUGCAGGAUUGUUAUUUGCAUAUUUGGAUGUGCCAGCAGAAACAGAAAGGGGGUCUGGGAAGCCAUCCAAGCCCAGCAGUAUUGUGAAUGUCACAUACCUUGUUGAGGAACUCAUCCACACGUCCUCAGAUGAUGAGUUUGUGAAGUACAUCCACAAUGGCGAUGUGGCUCCUUGCUUCCUUCUGGAUACAAAGGCAGAAGAGAUUGCAGACUUUUUGGCCUUCACUCAACACGUACAGUACAUCAUGACUGGUGGUCAAGUAUACAUAUCUGACUAUCAAGGUAGCAGACUGCUUUUGACAGAUCCGCAGAUCCUCACACAUCUUGAUGUUGCUGAAGGUCGAAGACUCUUCAGUGAGGGGAAUGUGGAGAAAGGGGUGGCACUGUUCGAGAAUCAACAUAUUUGCAACUUGUUUUGUAGAUGGGAAGGCUUUGGGAUGAAGGCUUUCAGCCAUGGAUCGAAGUCUCUUCGUUCAACCACUUAG